AUGCCUCCUUACCGAUCCAAAACUCAGCACAAAAAGGUUGGAAAAGACAAAGCAUUGAAUCAUGAGAAAAAGGUAAGCUCCCCAGGAGAUUCAAAGAUCCAUUAUGGGAGACGGCGGGAAGGUAAGAGCAAAAGUCAGUUGAAGAACAAAGAGUCAUUGCCUGAAAAAGAUGACAACCUUGAGCAAGACCCUUUAAAAACCCAAGGGCUGGCCAAGGAAAGCAAAGAGAAUGUCCACGAAGAGCUAUUCUUGGGGGAGAGAGCCUAUGAGAGAAAUGAUAAAAAAGAAUCUGGUUUGGGGAGAAAACAUGGAGAACAAUUAGUGUCCAAGUUAGAGAGGAAAAAAGCAAAGGCCUGCAAACCACAGGAGGUGACAUCAGUACAAGAAAGUGAGGACAACAGUGAUAAGGAGGAAAAGACUGCCACAAACAGCAAGAAAUGCAGUAUUAAAAGGAAGUGCGGAAAGCAUCCUAGUGUUAUUGAAAAAGUCAGUGACUCAGAGUCUGUAGAGUCCUCUGCAGUACAGAGUGUUGAAGGCUCUUUUCAGAAACACGACUUGCCACAGAAGGCACACAGUGCCAUGCAUGGGAAGAAGUACAAUGAGGAUCAUGGCAUUAAGAAAGCUUCUAAACACAAGUCAGGUUCUCAGUUCCAAGGCAGAAUUGCAAGGGAAAAAGGUGAGAGAAUAGGGAAAAAGCAAGUUGGAAAACGUACCCAGGUUAUGGUUACUGGAAGUGCAGAAGAAAAGUUCCUGGAAACCUCCAAUAACUCUGGUUCUGACUCCAGCAAGGAAAGCCAUUGUGCCUAUAAGAAAGAGACUUCAGUGGACAGCACUGCAAGCAGCGAAGAGAAGAGUAACACUUCAGAAGAUAGCACCAGUGAGAAAGAAGCUAUGCUGGAAGAUAUUCCUGUGGCUGAAGGAAAAGGCUACAAGGAACUACUCGGUGAAAGCAAUGAAGCAUCUAGUAAGACUGAAAGAGAGCAGGUGACCACAGAUGGAAGGAAAGAAUCUGAGGAGGAAGGCACUGACUUUGCAGGAUUAGAGGCGGAGGAGAAAAGGAGGAAGCAAGAUGACAUGCCAAGACAUCCAAGAUGUACUCUAGCUGAGAGCAGUGAGGAAAGUGAUGAUGCGAGCAUUUCAGGAUCCCAACUCAUAAGUCCUAAGAACAGAGAAAAAAGUAAUACCACAGGAAGCAAGGAAAAUAUGUUAGAAAAUGACAAGGUUCAGGAUAUGUCAAAAGAUGAACAUGAUAAUUCUAGUGACAGUGGGGAGAACAGCAUUGAAGUGAAUGCUGAAAAAGGAAAAGAAAGGGCAAGAAGAAAACCACUGCCUAGUGCUGUGAAAGCAAAACUCCCCAUUAGCAAAGUACUUCAGGGAACUGAACAGGAAAAAAAGGUGAAUGAUGAAGGCAGCACACUGGAAGACAGCCCUUUGCUUUUCAAGCAGCAAUUGACAUUGAAAGAGAAAUGCAUGAAAUGUGAGAGUGCAGAACGAGGCUUCUUUCCACCUCAAAAAGAGGAUCCAACAUGUACAACAGAAUAUUCCAGGGAGGUGGAUGUCAAAGAGAAUUCAGGUGGCCUCCAGACUGUAAGUUCAAAAGCCAUACCUUGUGUUCACUGGUCCCAGCAGCAGGCUCAGGGAUGUGAUCCUGUGGCAUGGUUGAACUCUGAAUUGCUGCUCCCACAAAUCACCACUGAGAACCUCAGCAAAUGGGCCAUCUACAAGGAUCCACAUCUGACCAGCAGCCAUGUGGUGAAGGUCUGCAAGGAUCAGUGGGAGGCAGAAGACAUCACUGACGAUAUGCUGGAGAUGGAUUUCGUGCAGAAACAGGUGUACAUGGGUGAAGACCACAGAGUAGAAGUCGAGGAGAUAGAAGAUCUAACCAGACUGGAGUACGUGUUGUCAGUGACUUAUAUUGGGCAAGUCUUGGUUUCUGUGAAUCCUUUCAAAGACCUCAGCAUCUACUCUGAAGAAGUGGCUACCCAGUACCACCGAAGGACGCUCUCAGAAAAUGCUCCACACAUCUUUGCCAUAGCAGAAAUGGCCUACGCACUAUCCCAGUCAUCAGAACAAGAGCAGUGUGUCAUCAUCAGUGGACACAGUGGCUCAGGUAAAACAGAAGCUGCCAAAGCAAUUAUGCGAUACCUGACUAUGCUGUACCAGAGAUCAGACGGCCACAGCAUCAGGCAGCCUUGCAAUGUCCUACCCAUCCUGGAGAGUUUUGGGAAUGCCAGAACCAUCCUCAAUGACAACUCAAGUCGUUUUGGGAAGCUUCUGAACAUCCACCUGCGACACGGGGCUGUGGUGGGAACGUCCAUCUCCCAGUAUCUGCUGGAGAAGUCUCGUGUGGUAUUUCAGGCCCACGGUGAGAGGAACUACCAUGUUUUUUAUGAGCUACUGGCUGGGUUGCCUGCGGAGCAGAAAGAGGAGUUGUACUUGCAAGAGGCAGAGUCUUACUUUUACCUGAAUCAGGGCAGAGCGUGUGACAUCGUGGGGAAGGAGGACAGUGAGGACUUUCUGGUCUUGGUGCAAGCUCUGGAGGGAAUCAGCCUCUCGGACGAUCAACUGACCUCCACCUGGACUGUGCUUGCUGCCAUUCUGCAGCUGGGGAAUAUCUGCUUUACCUCCUAUGAGAAAGAGUUCUUUGAACAUGCAGCUAUCGCCAGUGAUACCGAGAUUCAGAUCGUGGCCAAUUUGUUGCGUGUCUCCGCAGAUUUCCUACAAAGUGCUGUGACUCAUCGUGUCACUGUGACAUGUUAUGAUCGGGUCUUCACACCUCUGUCUGUAGAAGGAGCCAUUGAAGCCAGGGACUCCAUCGCCAAGACUCUGUAUUACCUGCUCUUUGAGUGGCUGCUGCUGAGAAUCAAUGAGUGGUUGGCUCCCUGGGAAUCGGACUGUGCUGUAGGCAUUGUGGACAUCCAUGGUUUUGAGGAUCUAGGUGUGAACAGCCUAGAGCAAUUCUGCAUCAAUUUUGCCAAUGAGCGUCUCCAGCAUUUUUUCAGCCAGACUGUCAUUGCCCAGGAAGAGGAGGAAUAUAGCCAAGAGCAGUUAGUUUGGAUUCCUGUCUCCAAGAUGUACAAUGAGUCAUGCCUAGAUGUCAUUGCUGCAAAACCCCAUGGCAUCUUGUGUAUCCUGGAUGACCAAACUUCACUUACUCAGGCCACUGACCACACUUUCCUCCAGAAGUGUCAUUACCAUCAUGGAAACAGCCCUUGGUACACCAAGCCCAAGCUGCCUUUGCCAGUCUUCACCGUGAAACACUAUGCAGGCCCUGUCACCUAUCGGGUCCACAAGUUUCUUAAUAAAAACCGUGACCAGCUGCAUCUAGAGGUGCUGGAUAUCUUCUCCCAGAGCCGCCUCAAGGUGGUGUCUCACAUUUUCCAGAAGGCUAAAGCUACCUACAGUCAGCAAAGGGAUCUGGGGGCCAGGGGCAAAGGGCUUAGGCCUCGGGCCUCUACACUGGUGUCCAAAUUCCAGGAGUCUUUGCAGGACCUCACAGCCAAGCUGAGAAGGAGUCAUACCUUCUUCAUUCGGUGCAUUACUCCUAAUCCUAAAAAGUUGUCAAAUAUCUUUGAUGUGGAGUAUGUCACUUGUCAGCUGCGGCAUUCUGGGAUACUGGAGGCCAUCCACAUUAAAAAAGAGGGAUACCCAGUCCGUCUUCCAUUCCAGAAGUUCCUAGCCAGGUAUGGCCUCCUGGCUGGGCAAGGGCACAGCUGCUUGGAGAAGAGAGAAGUCUGUGUGGCAGUGCUGUCUCAUGUGGUGGGGAGCCCCUCAGAUCUUUAUCAGAUUGGAGUCUUUCUGAAGGAGAAGGCCAGGCAGCUGCUGGAGAGACGAUGGAACCUGAGGCAGAGCUGGGCCGUUGUUACCCUCCAAAGGAAUUUCCGAUGCCUCCUCCACCGCAGGCGCUUCCGUGUCCUCCAGGAGAAAGUCACAAUCAUUCAGGCUCACUUCCGAGGUUAUCAGGCAAGGUCAGCAGCCAAGGGCCAGGCAAGGAAGCGGUACAGGAGGCUGAAGAAGACUUUGGUGCAGUUUAAUACCACGGUUUUAAUCUCUAGACAUUUCAUUCAAAGGAGGAAGCACUGCCAGCAGCAAGAGAAAGGAAAGCAAAGGAGGAGAUCCCUGGCCAGUGGUGACAGGGAGAACGGUCUCAGCCAAGGAAUGGAUGUUGGACUUCUGGAGAUCCCUGCAGAGCUUGCUGCCCUGCUGCAGGUAGCUGAAGGUCAGUAUAGAGCACAGGCCAACCAGAUAACUGAGGCAUUACCUCCAGAAGUCAAGAUCAAAGAUGACCUCUCCCUCCCAUCCUCCAUUAACAGCUAUCCUUUCUCCUCCUUCAUUAAGUCACACUUCCAGAAGACAGACUUCCCUGCCCCUGGCCAUCCCCUGCAUCACCCCUUAACCCAUUUGGAAGCUGAAUACCAAGAGAGUGCACUUGAGAUCAACAAACUGAUUUUGCGGUUCAUUGGUGACCAGAAUCUUGAUGGCUGGCAGGAAGUACUUCUGGGCAACUACAUUGCUAGGAAAGGUUUGGAUAACAUGGCUCUGCGCAAUGAAAUCUUCAGUCAAGUGGUCACCCAGACAUGGAAGAACCCAGAUGUGGAGCACAGCCAGCGAGCCUGGGUCCUGAUGGCGACUUUACUGAGCUCCUUUGCCCCUUCACCAGCACUGGAGAAGCCGUUGCUGAAAUUUGUGUCAGACCAUGGCAUGGAUGGCUUCAAUGCUGUUUGCCAGCGUAAGAUCUUGACAGCAGCACAGCACACAGACUCUGUGUUCUCCCGAGCCUACCCUCCCACUCAGCUGGAGUGGACUGCGAACCAGAGGAAAGGGAAGAUGGUGCUGGAUGUUCAUACCUUUAAUGAGGAGAAGUUCUCAGCAGAGGUGGAGUCCUGGAUGACCGGGGAGCAGUUUGCAGGCUGGCUCCUAAGUGCAAGGGGCUGUGAUAAGAAGCCUCGAGGCUGGUCUAUCUCCAUGUUCACUGGCAACAUGUGGCAGGACUUGCUGGGCUGUGACUUUGUGCUGGACCUCAUUGGAGAGAUGGAAGAUGUCAGCAACCCCAGCAGCCCCUCUCAGUCCUCAGGUGGAUACCCUAUCACACCUGAAAGGGACAGAAACUUCUUCCUGAACUCUGCCAUGGAUUACAGGAUUCCCCCUGCUCCAGGUAUCCAGGCCCCUACCUUUCCACCGCCAGGCCUGCCUCCAGAGUUCAGCAAUGCCCAUCGAGAUUCAAGAUUCAGAGGUGGCCCAGGGGACCCUGUAGGCUUGGAUCACUACGUGGAUGAUCUCUUCAGCACUGUGCUGCAUCAAGGCCCCAGAGUACCAGAUUUGGAGAACAGGGAGAGUCUGACCAGACGCAUGAAGGGAGGUGGGAAGAUUGGACCCACACAGAGAGGAAUCUUUCCUUCUGCAGGCUUCUCUGGAAUGAUGCAAACACCAGCUUACCAGCCCAUGCCUUCGAUGGUGGGGAUGCCAGCUGCCAUGCCCAUGAUGCCAGGGGCAGGUGGGAUUGCACCUAUGCCAGCCAUGGUUAUGCCCCAGCCUGUGAUGCCAGCUGUAGAUCCCAAUCAGUUAGCAGCACAACAGCAAGCCUUUAUCAACCAACAAGCCAUGCUCAUGGCCCAGCAGAUGACCCUUCAAGCCAUGACCCUUUCCCAGCAACAACAGCAGCAACAGCAGCGGCGGCAACAGUCUUAUGAGAGCCCGAGGCCAAGAGUCUCAAGUCCACCACGAGCCCAGGCCCCAGCCACUCUCCCAAAACCCAAGUCAUCUCCCAGCAGCCAGAGUGCUACACCACCACCAAAGGCUCCAGAACCACCAGCUCAGGCAGAAAUUGAUGACUACACAGAAGACCAGUUCUCUGACAGUGAAGAUGAUGACAAUCCUCGUGAAACUUUCCAGCAGAAGCGAGCGUAUUUUCAGAAGAUGGGAGAGCAAAAGAUCCUAGUGAAGAAAGUCAGGCCACCUUCCAAAAUCUGGACCCCUCCAGCAAAUCCUGAGCCAAAGCACGAGGAGAAGGAAGAGGAGGAGAAGAAGAAGAAGAAUACAGAAGAGAAGCCCAGCCCUAAAACAGAGGCAGCUCCUGCUCCCCCUUUGCCACCUCCUGAACCAAAGCCAAAAAAGCAGACGCCAAGAGCAAAGAAGGAGCCACCAGUAGUGAAACCUUCGGGCCCUGCGUCACGACCUGAACCAAGCCGAGAGAUCCGCAACAUCAUCAAAAUGUACCAGAGCAGGCCAGCCCCCGAGCCCCAGCCCAUCGAGCCUGUCAGGAGAGUGUCCAAGCCAUUUAUGAAGAAGAAUGACCCCAAAAAUGAGGCACUGGCCAAGCUAGGGAUGAUGAAUCUCAAUUCUCCCAAAUCACCUCCCCCCCUACCGCAAGAGAAGAGUCCCAAAGGGGCACCUCCACCUCCCAAGCCCAAGCCAGGCUCAGCUUCUAGCUCUAUCAAGGAGAAACAGUUGCCUCUCCUGUCCAUCUUCAGCCAGCCAUCAAGUACCCCACCAGAUUCCCAGGCCCCUCUUGCUCCCCCUAUUCCCCCACCUUUGCCCGCAUCUCUCCUGCCUGGGAACCAAGGCUCGCAGGAAUCCACAGCGAAGGGCUCUACUUCAAUAGAAGAUGAUGGUAUCAAGACCCAGCUGUAUAAGCUAACUGCCAGUGUCAGCUUUUCCUAUGUCAACCCUGCCUGGAAAAUCUUUCUGCGCAAAGAGGUGUUUUACCCCAAAGAAAACUUCAGUCACCCUUAUUGUCUGAACUUGCUGUGUGAACAGAUCAUGCGCGACACCUUCUCUGAUUCCUGCCUUCGGAUCUCCAGAGAGGAGAAGCGCAAGAUGAAAGACCUGCUGAUGGAAUUUCGGGUUGGCAAUGAUGUCCAUUCCAUUCAGGAGGAUGGGAUAAAGAAGAGGAUUGUACUGGCUGCUCGGGAUAACUGGGCUAACUAUUUCUCUCGCCUUUUCCCAGUUCAUGGUGAAAAUGGAAGUGAUGUCCAGAUCCUGGGUGUUUCUCACCGAGGCCUGCGGCUGCUGAAAGUAGUGAAAGCAGCUGGCUAUACUCCUGAGCACCUGAAAAUCCUUUGCAGCUACAGCUUUGCAGAUGUGCUGUCAGUGGAGCUGAAGGGCAGCAAUGCCCUGGAGUUCUCUCUGACGACAGAACAGCUCUUUCUGCGCUCUCAGAAAGCUCCAUGCAUCAAGGCCAUGGUGGAAACCUUCAUCCAGGAGCUGAGGCAGGAUACCAACUAUGUCAUUGCUCUGCGCAGCUAUGUCACAGAUGAUAAGAGCCUUCUUAGCUUCAAGAAGGGUGACCUCAUCCAGCUACUGCCCAUGCAAGGCCUGGAGCCAGGCUGGCAGUUUGGCUCCACUGGUGGCCGCUCUGGUAUUUUCCCCACCAACCUGGUACAAUUGGCUGCAGCCCCUGAUUACCUCAGCACCAGCAUGGACAGAUUUGGAGGGCUGCGGAAGAGCAUGAAAGCUUCUUCAGAGGGCAGGAACACUAGCAGGGAGGGCUCUGUUCCCAGCGUGAUAUCAGAAAACAGCAGCAUCAUGUCAGUCCCUGCUGGUGAUCAUUAUACCAUGAUGGAUUUUGCCGCAGCCUACUUCCGAGAGGCUCAGUCCAUGUUUGGAUCGAAGGGGAUGCCUGCUGAAAAGAAGAGUAUGGCUGACCUGGUCCACCACACCAAGGUCCCAAUCCCGGCGUCUUUGCUCCAGUACUCUGAUACUGAACUGAACGAACUUGCUACGAAAAACUUCCUAACUCUGAUGCGGUUCAUGGGAGAUCAGCCAAAACCCAAGAACCAGAAUGAUGUUCAAUGUAUCCUUGAAAUCCUUCAGCUGUGCAAGGAGAAGGAGAAUUUGCACGAUGAAGUUUACUGCCAGGUCAUCAAACAAGUCACUCGCAACCAUAAAGAGGAGAGUGUGCUGCGUGGUUGGCUGCUCCUAAACUUGCUCACUGGAUACUUCCUCCCUUCCAAAAUCCUGAUGCCCUACGCCACCAAGUUUCUGCAGCAAGCCAGCAGUGAUCCAUCCAGCACUCACCAUGAUAUAGCCAAGAUCUGUCAGAGCAACCUGCGGAAAAAUUUCAUGUAUGGGGGUCGUCGCCACCUUCCUUUCCUGGUGGAGUUAGAGGCAUUGCUGAAAGGACGUGGUGCCCGCCGGCUAGAGAUAUCGAUGCCUGGAGGAGUGGAAUACGUUGCCCGAAUCAGGACAUUCACUGUGGUCAAGGAGCUCAUGCAGGAGAUCUGUGAGCAGAUGGGGGCAGGCGAGGCAGAAGAGAUGCAGGAAUUCGCUCUUUUUGCCAUCAGGAGUGCCAGCAAUAAUAAUGGUAAAAUGGUGAGGCCGAUGAGAACAGAGGAAUAUCUUCAUGAUUAUUUGCUGGAGGACGCGUUGGUGACUGUGAGUUUCCGCAGACUCAUCUGGAAGACACCUCUGCACUUUGAGAACAAAAUUUAUAUUGAUGUCCAUUAUGGACAGAUGCUGUGGGAUUACCUGAAUGGGAAGAUGCUGCUGAGCUAUGAUCAAGAAUUGGAGAUGCAGGUGGGCAUUUUGGUUCUGUUCCAGCACUGGGCCAAAACAGAGCAGGAGAGUUCUGUUCCCUUCAGGGAGGAGUUGAAGGAGUACAUACCAAAGCCUUUGCAGUCCCAAAUCAACCACCAGAGUCUGCAGAACCAUCUUGGGAUGCUGUUGAGAAACAGGCAGCCACUCCAACCACUGGAUGCAAAAAUCCAGUUCAUAGAGCACGUGAUGAAAUUGCCCUUCUUUGGCUACAACUUCUACUUUGUAGAGCGGGUGAGCGACAGCACAAUCCCUGUGCCCUGCUAUUUUGGUGUGAAUAAUGAACAGAUCGUUGUGGUGGAUAACAUCACCCAGGCAGUCUCCCACGUCAUCCCACUGAAAGAGCUGCAGAAGAUGCGAACCCUGCGGCCUACCUCUGAUGGUGGGCUUCCCGGCAUAGAACUGAACUAUGGCUCAGCUGCCAGUCCCAAGUCUCUGUGGCUUGAACUGUCACAGGCUAAAGAAAUGUAUCACACGGUUGUUGUCAUCCUGGGUAAAACAGAUUUUCAUCGCUAAAGCCUAAGGAGACGAAUGACCAAGCAAAACAGCACCAGUUUCCUUUGAGCUUGUUCAGUGCUCCCUGCCUGUCCCCUGGAGAGGUCUGUCCCAGAAAUGUCCGUGAUCUCAGACAGCUGCUUUCUAAGACUGCCACCACAGUGAUGGUGUGCUUGUUGAUGGACUGGGCUGUAACCUCACCCCUUGUGACCUGCUGUUCAGUCGCCAAGUCCUCUUCCUUGAAGCGACGCUUGCACUGGUUGAACAACCCACAAGACACCCUUUCCACUCCAUUGCUUCUUCAUAGCCUGAGCCAGCACAGAGCAGCUGAACAGAUGCAAGCAACUGCCUGCAAGCUAUGCACUGUGGGACUGUUUUUUCUUUUUUUAAAUUAAGGCUCAUGAGCAAAGACUGAUGCUUGCUAGAGAUUUGUGUAUCAGAAAGCAAAGCCAGGGUUAUGAAAUGACAGCACUGGCUGCUGCCAUUUUCCAUAGACCAGCUUCUUCUCUCUAUCAAUACGCGAGACGCCCUGUAGCAGGGUUUGUGAAGCAGGAGCUUGUAGACAGCAUCUUAAUUGCAAAGCAGAUCAGUGUUAACAUACAAUUGUGUUAAAAGUGUUAAUAUACACUUGCUACAUCUGCUAGGACACAGAUUGAGCUGCAAUGGUAAGAAUGUUUAUUGUUAAUUAAUUUCUUACUGAUGUAUGCGUAUACUUAUUUUUCCUUCUGCUAUAAAGAAGUCAAUCAUGUCCAUGAAGCUGUCAUACUUGCAUCGUGGUGUCAUG